GAAUAUUCUGGGUAAUUGCUAAAGUCCUUCCAGGGCAGCUAGCAUGAAGCGUGGAGCCUUCAUUCAUUGUUUGCCUCACUGAUAUUUGCCCGAUUAAAAAAACUGAUCAAAAACGCAAUAAUGGCACUCACACCUCUUGUUUAUUGGGCUCAACGCCAUGAAGACAUUUACCUGCGAGUUGAGCUGACAGAUGCUCAGAAUAUUGACGUCCACGUGGAUGAAAAUGUCCUUCACUUUUCAGCCCAGGGGCAUGGUGCAAAAGGACAAAAUGAGUACAAGUUCAGCUUGGAGUUCCUCUUACCAGUAAAGCCACAGGUCAGCUUCAAGUCCACACAGCGGCAGGUGAACAUUAUAGUGCACAAAAUACAGCGAGGUUGGUGGGAAAGGCUGACUGUCCAGGAGCGUAAACCUGUCUUCCUGGCACCGGACUUUGAUCGCUGGCUGGACGAGUCAGACGCUGAGAUGGAAAUCAGAGAAAAGGAGGAGAAAAAGAACAGGCUGAAGGCUUCAAGACAAAAAGAAGAAGGAUUCGUCAGCCUGAAAACUGUGUUCUUGAUUGUGUACAACCUGGUCCAGUUUCUUGGUUUUUCAUGGAUCUUUGUCAACAUGACAGUGCGCCUGUUUAUCAUUGGCAGAGAUUCCCUCUAUGACACAUUUCACACAAUUUCGGAUGUGAUGUUCUUCUGCCAGAUCCUGGCAUCAGUAGAGGUCCUGAAUGCUGCUUUUGGUGUAGUCAAGACAGGUGUUAUACCAACUCUUAUACAGGUGGUCGGAAGGAAUUUUAUCCUCUUCAUCAUUUUUGGUAGUCUGGAGGAAAUGCACCACAAGCCAGUUGUGUUCUUUGUUUUUUAUCUGUGGAGUGCUAUUGAGAUUUUUAGGUAUCCCUUUUACAUGCUGGGCUGUUUCAAUACAGAGUGGAAAACCCUUACUUGGCUGCGGUAUACUGUCUGGAUGCCACUCUAUCCACUAGGUGUUUUAGCUGAAGCUGUUGCAGUGAUCCAGUCCAUCCCCAUCUUUGAUGAAUCUAAACUCUUCAGCAUUCCUCUGACUAAAGUGAUUGGCACCUCUGUCAGCUUCUCUUACUUCCUGUACAUUUAUCUUGUUCUCAUGUUUUUGGGACUUUUUAUCAACUUUCGCCACCUUUACAAGCAGAGGAAGAGGCGCUUCCGGACCAAAAAGAGGAAAGCAAAUUGAGACUCAACACCAACAGCAUUCCUUGAACACCU